CCACAUCCACUUGGAGGAGUUUCCUUCGUUCAACUGUAGCACAGAUGGAGAAACACCCAUCUUAUGAGGCGCUUGCCCCGUACCUCUCAAAAUAUCCAAAAGUAGCAGGUCCGCUGUUCCAAACCUACAAUGAUCUAAAACUAGGUCAGCAGUGGACCGGCUUGGAGCUCGUCGAACUCUCCGGUUGCUCGCGAUGUGCAAUCCGUGGUCGUCGGCCACAGCAGGUUGACCUAUUGCACGUUGUACCCUGUUCCUUGUCUGAGUCGCUCUCAACUGAUUGGAUUCGCACCACGUUCAAAGAAUUGGAUGGGCCAUCGCACGUGUAUCUUGCUAUUAAUACAGAGGACUCCUCGAUUGUGUAUUACAAGAUUAGCCCCGGAAUCGUGAAACCUCCGCUGUGACUACCGUCACCCUUUAGCUUUAUCUGUCGCAAUCACGCGGAGAGACGUUCGCCAUGCUGAUAGACGGAGCAACGAGUCUUGCAGAUCC